UUCCAGCCGGGGCUGUUUGCGGAAAGGGGGGGCGCCGCGGAGGUUUCCGGUCGGGGCGGUUUUAGAGGGCGCCGGCGGAAGCGGAAGUGGCGGCCGGUCGGGAUGGAGGAGCCGGAGAUGCAGCUGAAGGUGAAGAAAGUUACGGACAAAUUCACCGAGAGCAUGUACGUCCUGGCCAACGAGCCCUCCGUGGCGCUCUACCGGCUGCAGGAGCACGUGCGGAGAUCCCUUCCGGAGCUCGCGCAGCACAAGUCCGACAUGCAGAGCUGGGAGGAGCAAAGCCAAGGAGCCAUCUACACAGUGGAGUACGCCUGCAGUGCCAUAAAGAACAUGACUGACAGCAGCGUGUACUUCAAGAGCAUCGACAGUCUGCUCAAACAUGCCAUAGCCAUGAAGGAUCAGCUGAACGCUGCUCAGGGCCGCAGCACUGUUGCCCCACAAGCAAAGAAUCCUCCAGCCAGUUCCUGAUCUCAGACAAGACUAGCCAUCCUCUGCCACCUUCUCCAGCCACGGGGAGGAGUGAGAACCCACCCGCUCUGUCUGUGAAGCUGCCCAGAGGUCUCUGCCUGCCUCUCUGUUCCCAGUAACAAGGUGCUGCUCCUGAGCAGGCAAAUCCUGCCGCUGGGGUCAGGACUGCCUUCGGGGGGUGCUUUGGGGAGCAGUUGUGUCCCUUUCCGCAGGACUUUACAAAAGGCCAACGGGGUGGAUCUGCAUUUGUCCUUUCCAGUUCAUUUCGAUGGCGGACUGCUACGAGAUGUUCUUCCCUCUACCUCUUGGCCACAGAAAUAUCUCAGAAAAACUAGGUCUUGCUUUCAGUAUUUUGUAGAUGGCUGUGUAAAGACGUAAUAUGGGCACACUUCAGCUCUGUUCAGGAGGCAUUCUGCAAGGAGAGUUUUUCAUGUGUGUGCCAGGCAGUUGCUGAAUUUGGUUUUAGUGAGAACAAUAAUAAAAAGGAAAAACAAGAAA